CGUUGCGUUCGCCCAGCACGCUUUCGUCUACGGAGCAAUACAUUGAGUGCCACCCCUGUGGAUGUGAUGACUGGACCGGCAAUCCAGAAGAUGUGGGUUUGAGUCCUGCAGCUGGCUAACCUUUCCAUUCUGUGAUAAGGCAAACCAUACCAAUCCAAUCCAAACAAAGCUCGCUUGCGCGUGCGGCGCAUGGUCGUAUCUAUCGAAGUGUCUUCGAAUUAUCCAGCUGAGGAAACAAAAAAGGAGCGUUCCAGUAACAUGACACUAAGAACACCGCUUCCACUAUACAUGCUCACCCUGGGAACGGUUUCGCUUGGAACAAGACAGCACCUAACCGCAGUCACACAUGUGCGAGACCCGUGCAUCUGCUUCGUCAAUAUCGCAAAGCUACAAGAUGUGCCGCUAAAGUGCUGGCCUGCGGCAGAGAGCAUUGACCACACGUCAGAGAACACGAUGCACCGGUGUCUUGCCAACGUGUCCGAACCAUGGCUCGACUGUCGUCCUCCGAGGGAAGUGACAGAUAUUGCGUGCGUACCUCGCGAGAACAGCACAUCGACAAUUAAUGCCCUGCGACCUUCCACAUCCUAUUUGGCCUGUGUGUUUCCUGUCUGUGAUGCGUGUCCCGAGGGGUACGGUGCCCUAGCUACAUGCUUCUCCUUCCGGACGCCACCAGCUCGAAACCGAGUAUUCUUCAAACGCGUAGAAGAAUCCCCGUUCCAAGUGGGAAUCCAGUGGAGUGGCAAGCUUACCGUUAAAGGAUGGACUCUGGUGUGCUGGUCUAAAACACCGUGUACUUUCAAAUGUUACCAAGAGGAGGUACAAUUGGACGGUGGUACAUUCAUGGUACCGGUCGAUCUCUACAGACACAGCGUGUACAUGGCCCUUCGUAUUGGUCGUAAAAUAAAGUACACUGCCUUCUUCGAACGCAAGGGAGAAGAGCCGAGCCCUCCGUGCCGUGCACUAGUGCAGCGGAUAAGCCACCGGGAGGUGAAGGUAUCUUGGCGUCCCAUAGGGAAUCGUCAAGAUGGAUUCCUGGUCUCCUGGUGCCCCAUGGACGGCCAUUGCAUAUCGAAGGAGCUGCCUCCGAAUGAAACAUCCGUCAUUAUCAGAAACCAAUCGCCAUUUAAGACGGUCCAAUACACCGUUCGAGCAUUCCGACGAAACUCGACCAACAUUUUCUACAGCAGCCCGUCCGUUGCCGAAUGGAAACGACGCCGAAGCUAUAAGAGUGUAGUAUGGGUGAAGGCUACCGUGGAAUUUUUCAUCGCCGCCUUGAUAGCGUCUGUGGUCAUCUUGACGUUGCUGCUGAUAACGGUUAUCCGCGAGCGUUUCAUCCUGGGAAGAGGAGCAGACGCAGCUGAAGCCGCAGCCAAUUUCCCAGCUGGAGAUUACAGGAGGAUUCGGCGACCACGCAUCUUACGCAGAGUCAGCUCUAGAGGGGACUGCUAGGAGCAUCAGCAAAUUAGCAAUGAUCACAAUAAAAUGGUUUCAACGUAUGGC